AUGCAAUCGAGCUCGGUAGAUGAGGAGAUACGCAAAGCUCUUAAACCGCUUCAGAACGGUCUUGAGAAUGUCUUUUACAAUGCAAUAUCUGGAGCAUUCUCUCGACUCCGCGAGCGCGACCUCUCCGAUAACUCUCAGCAUAAUCAGAACGAGAUCCUGCUACAGGAUACCCUAUAUUCGCGUUCUAGCUUAGAAGAGUGGCUAGAAAGACCUUUUUCUCCGCCUGGCUUAUGCUCCGAGGCCACUACAGCGCUCCGAGAACAGGUUCUGGCAGGCCGACAGAAGCAAGUCCCGAUUAAGGAGCUUCAAUCUCUAAAGUCCUUCUGGUCGACUUCAUUACAACAGGACUACGGACCUUACGCAUCCUUUAACCGUGCCUCCCUCCACCAUGAAGCGAAGCAACAUUUGGAGAAUCAGAGACUUCAGGAUAGUAUCAAUGCGCAAGAAAAUCCGCCAACGAACAGAAGGCAAAGAAUUAUGCGGACCUAUCGCCACGUCACGAUUUCCUCGUCUGAGUCAGAUAUCCUUUCAAGCGAUACCGAUACGAAUCGUUCAUUUCAGUCGAGAAGUAGCUAUAUUCCUAUCGAUGAGAUUAUUAGCGAUACUAGUGGUCUACCAAGACAGGAUGAGGCUACUCUUCUACAGGCAGAGGAACCAGCUCAUCUUAUUCCUCAUCAACCGCCAGUCGGAUGGCCUACAUUUCAACAGGCGUAG